AUGAUUAUCAAUGAAGGGAUCUCCCCACCUCAAGGUUGUUGUUUUCAUUUUCUUUUGUUUUCUGACAACUUAAUUUGUCCCCGUUUUCAUAUCAUUCGUUUUCAUUCUCCUAUCGUUCCUCUUCAGCCUCCUUUCAACUCUUUCAAUAUAUCUAUUCUUUAUUUCCAUUAUAAAAUAUGUUUGCCUGUCUUUCUUUUCAAUUUUAAAAUGCUUGGCUUCUUGUCUUUUAUUAUUUCUCUUCAAUCUCUUCGUUGUGUACAAACUUCUAUUCUUCAACAUUUUCCUUUCCUUCGUCGCCAUUCUCAUAACAUUCGUCGUCUGCGUUCUCCUACGAAUUUCCAUUUUUCAUUCCUCAUCUCUCCUGUCGUUUCUUUCUCUAUUCUCUUGUACGUUCUUCUCCUAUCCUUCGUUCUUCUCUCAGUUCUGUCAUUCUUCAGAUCCAUUAUUCUCUGUUUUAUAUUCUUCGUACCAACAUCUUUCGUCACCAUUCUUGUCUCCUUUUGUUUUCUUUCUCCCAUUCUUUGUCUCUCUUUUGCCUUCUUUCUACAAUUACUUCGCGUACAUUCUUCUCUCAUUGUCUUAUUUAUCCUUUCUUCGUCUCUAUUCUUGUUUUCUUUCUUUUAUUCUUCUCUCCAUUUUGCUUCCCUCUGUUUUCCUUCUCGUAUUUUUAGUUUCCAAUCUUCCAUCAUUUGUCAUCGUUUUACAAUUCCCCCUUCUUCUAUUUUGACAUUUUUCGUCUCUUUUUGUAUCGUUUACUUCUAUUCUCCUAUAUUUCGCUUUCAAUUCUUCUCUCAUUUGAACGCAUUCUCCCACAGCUUCUUUCCAGUCUUCUGUCCUCUUCCCUAUACGUCUGAUCAUUUAUACAUUCUUCUAUCUUUCGCAUUUAUUCUCCUAAUCUUUCUCUUUUUCCCUGUUCAUGGUUCAUUGCCUCCCUUCCAUUCUCUGUUUUACUAUUCUUCAUAUCUAUUCUCUUAUCUUUUGUCUCCAUACUUCUACCAUUUGUUUUUAUUUGCAUACUUAUAG